AUGAGUUUCCCAAAUUAAGAUUAUUUAGCCAUGCUCAAAAGCAAAUAACAACAGCAACAAUAGUAACCGUUUCAACAAUAGUUCUGCUAUCCAAUGAUGACACCCCAACCUUGGAAUUAUUGGAUGAUGCAACAACAGUUCCAGCAAAUGCCUUAGAUGUAGAUGUCUCCCAUGUUGUCCUAAUAAUAAAUGAUGUCUCCGGUCUCCCCUUUGAAUGUGUCUAUGAUUCCAUCCUAAUUUCUGCUUCAACCUCAGUAAACUCAAAGCAAAUUAUCAACAUCCCAAUCUUAGCCACUCCAGAAUAAACAAUAUGUGGAAGUCAAUGGCACCAAAGUGAAAAUGUAUUUGAAGUUGAUCAAGGAGGAUGAUGACUUGUUGGAUUACGAUGAGAUUAAACGAGAAAAAUAAAAAAAAGGCAAUUUGACCAAUAAAAGGAAAUGA